UACGAGGACCGAGAUUACCUGGGAGCGCUUGAGAAGCACAUCCCCCGAGACUCCCCCGAUCAAAAUCACUCGCCUAACCUCUCCCCUGUCCUCCUUGCCCUCCUCCGCGCCCUUCCCCCCCGCGAACACCGAGAAGGUCUCCAAUCGAAGCCACAAGAUCCGCAAUCACGCAAUGGACGGGAUGGACAACAAGCCGGUGUUGAACGAUGAUCCCUCGGUCACCCUGACCAUCCGCCUGAUUAUGCAGGGCAAAGAAGUCGGUAGCAUUAUUGGAAAAAAAGGAGAGAUCGUCAAGAGGUUCCGUGAAGAGUCCGGCGCGAAAAUCAAUAUCUCUGAUGGUUCCUGCCCGGAACGGAUAGUGACUGUCACCGGGCCGACGAACUCGAUCUUCAAGGCGUUCACGCUGAUAUGCAAGAAGUUUGAAGAGUGGUGCUCCCAGUUCCACGACAUUCAGGGUGGUGGUGCCGGAGGCGGCGGUGGUGUAUCAAGGCCGCCCAUCACACUCAGACUGAUUGUCCCAGCUUCGCAAUGCGGCUCCCUGAUUGGCAAGGGUGGUUCCAAGAUCAAAGAAAUUCGGGAGGUUACUGGUGCCUCCAUUCAAGUCGCUUCCGAGAUGCUGCCUAACUCGACGGAACGUGCAGUGACCAUAUCCGGUACCAGCGAGGCGAUCACGCAAUGCAUAUAUCAUAUCUGCUGCGUUAUGCUAGAGUCCCCUCCCAAAGGUGCCACGAUCCCUUAUCGCCCCAAACCCCAAGUCGGUGGGCCAGUGAUCCUGGCUGGUGGGCAAGCCUACACCAUCCAGGGUAAUUACGCGGUGCCCGCCCACUCGGACGUAAGUACAGUAUUACCAUUGCCCGCGCCCGCUGCCGGGCCCACCCCGCCCUCGCUGAACACCCAAACUUUGACGACCUCGCCCUUCGCGGCCCACCCCUCGUCCUCGGCCUUCGCCGCUUCUCACGGGCACCCGCUCCUAUCCACGGCCCAUCUUACGACCCCACAUCAUCCUCUCCACCCGAGCCCCUUACACGCCAGCGUGGCAGGCCUCGCCGACCCCCUGCUGAAGAGUGGACACUUGCAGGCAGCCCUCCCGCCCGCACACCUCGUGGCAGACGCCAUGGGCAAGCUGGGCAGCAAUCCUUUAGCUGGUCUGGCAGCCUUGGGUCUCGGAGGUCUUGCCACACCGGCGAACACGGGUGGUCUUAAUCCAGCAGCGUUAGCCGCAUUGGCUGGCAGCCAGCUGCGUACGAGCAACACGAACAGACAGCAACCGGCGGCGAACAAUCAGACGCAUGAGAUGACCGUGCCAAAUGAGCUGAUCGGUUGCAUCAUCGGGAAGGGCGGUACCAAGAUCGCUGAGAUUCGUCAGAUCUCUGGCGCCAUGAUCCGAAUCAGCAACUGCGAGGAGAGGGAGGGCGGAGCAACGGACCGCACGAUCACCAUAACUGGGAACCCGGACGCCGUGGCGUUGGCACAAUAUCUCAUCAAUAUGAGUGUCGAACUGCAGAAAGCUAACCUAGAGGCCCAAAAUACCCAAACCCCUGGCAGCGGUACCACUCCCGGAGCAUCCGGGGCCAGUGCUUCCCCCUCUACCACCACUACCACUGCCUCUCCCUUGGCCAGCGCCAUCCCCUUGGCUCAGCUGCUAAGCAAGCCAGGCGCCCUCAACGCCCUAUCUAGCCUCACCGCCCUCGGCGGACUCACGGAAUUGCUAGGUGGUGCUGCUGGCGCAGCUGCAUCCGCGCUACCGGUCCAGACUACCGGCGUGCACCGAUCGCACAAGACCUUUACGCCGAGGCUCCGUAGCCCGGGCGCACCAGGCCCGACUGACAGCGGCAAGUUCAAGUCCGAGCGUACCAAGUACAAUCCGUACUGAACGAUCAAACAAGCAGCGGAAUGAUAACGAUGAUGUUACAGGGGGAACAUGUUUAAAAACACAUUUACACACAUACACAUACACACAUACACACAUCUACUAUCAUACUUAUAGCGUACACUUGUGUAUCACAUUGAGAUAAAGUGCGUACGGACGCCAGGGUAGCGAGUACGAAGACUUGGCGAAGGAUCGACUCGUCCU